AUGGAGACAGACGCAUCCAAUAUCCCGCUUCCCACAAAUGAGGAUCUUUCACCUACAGAGCAAGAUUUAUUGGAUGAGUAUGAGCGCUUGGCGGAGAACAUGAAGACUGUUUGUUUCUCCUCCUCUUCCCUCUUUGCUCUUUAUCCUCUCUCCUCAUCUUUCCCCUUACCCCGAUUCUACAAUAUGGUUCACAAAGCUCAUCAAUGCCCGAAACAGCUCGCACACACUCUCGAAACAAUGUCCAAUAAUCCCACAGCCUAUAUUCUCGAUAAUUUGCGCCAGUUGGAGCGGAAAACAAGUUUGGUUUUUACGUUGUUGAAAGCGAGUGUUUAUAGUAUUGUACUACAGCAGCAGAUUAGUGAGGAGAGGAAUGAUGAUGGCGCAGGGGAGGGGAGUGAGGAGGGGGAUUAUGAAUGA